CCAGCGUGGGUGACAGCGGACAAGGAACACCUACCAUGGCAAGGAAGGGCAAGAGCAGGAAGAGCGGGAGGUCGUCACUGGCAUCGUCAACGACAGCCUCGGCGCCAGGCACCCCACACGCAGCAGACUCCCGUCCGCGUCUGUGCAAACCUGGAAAGCUGUCAAAACCCCUCCCACCAGGCUCCGUUGUCAUCAGCUCAAGCUGGCAGCAAGAGCUUGGCCUGAAGCUCUUUGACUACGUGCUCCUUAGCUUUCCCGAUGCUUCUUCAACAAAUGGCGACUCACAGCAACACCCUGCUGUCAUCGCUCGGGUGCUUCCGCAUUUCAGCACUCGCAAGCGCGUCGUGCUGUCACCUGAUCUUCGAGAAUCGUUUCAGCUGCCAAUGGAUGCGCUUGUCUCCGUGGACCCGUUACCGGCUGCCCUGCCGUUUGCGCACACUGUGGUGCUUUCCGGUGAAGGGUUUAACACGACGGAUGUGGAUGUCCUGGCUGAUUCCGUGCACACGCGCCUGCUCGGCCUUGCUGUCACAAAGGAUCAGAGGUUCAAAAUCCCGUUCAUGGGCGGCCACUUGGGGUUGACGGUGUCGAGCAUUUCAUGCGGCGACUCCGCAUCGCGCCCGUCGCUGCCACCGGUGCCAUCACCAUCACCUCCCUCACCAUCUCACACCGCUUCGGCCCCGUCGACAGCAGCCGAGCAGGACUCAGGUGCACGCGGUGGCGAUGUAGCAAAAGAGGACGGCGACGGUGACGCCAAAGAUCCCAGCCAGAUGAACGCAUCGACAUUUGAUGCCGUCAGGCGAUUUGCAAUCAUCACUGCGCGCACACGCAUCAGCAUAGCUCAGCCUGAAGCGAUGAAACAGAAGGAACAGCGGCAACGCGUGCACGCCUCGGCAUCUGCGGAUGUGUCAUAUGCAGAUGUCGGUGGCCUCGCGCACCAGCUGCAAGAAGUUCGGGACACUGUCGAGCUUGCGCUACAGAAUCCGCAGAUCUUCACGCAAUACGGACUAGCUCCUCCGCGGGGCGUGCUGCUGGUUGGCCCACCAGGCACGGGCAAGACGCUGAUUGCGCGGGCCGUAGCGCGCGAGUGCGGGGCGGACGUGACGGUCAUCAACGGGCCAGAGAUCAUCUCGCGCACAUAUGGCGAAACGGAACGCAGUCUCAAGGCCAUCUUCGCAAAGGCGGCACCGUCUGGUCGCCACCUCAUCUUUGUUGACGAAAUUGAUGCCAUGUGUCCUGCCCGAGACGCCGCAACCAGUGAUCUUGAGAAGCGAAUUGUGACGACGAUGCUCACGCUCAUGGACGGCAUCGCGGCAAAACACUCCGACGGCGAAGGACGGGUUGUGGUGCUGGCGGCCACCAACCGCCCCGACGCGCUUGACCCCGCGCUCCGCCGCCCUGGCAGAUUUGACCGUGAAGUCGACGUUGGUGUUCCAAACGCAAUGCAGCGACGGCAAAUACUGCGGGUGCUGCUUCGUCGGUUCAACCACACGUGCACAGAUGAAGACAUUGACGACGUCGCUGAUCGCGCGCACGGCUACGUUGGCGCGGACCUCGCGGCAGUGUGCAGGGAGGCUGGGCUGAGUAUCGUGCGCCGGGCAGCUCGGACACAUUCGAGCAACACAAAUGACGGUGCUGAUGAUGAUGGUGGUGAUGGUGGUGAUGGUGAUGGGCUCACGCUGAGGCCGGAGGAUCUACGGUUUGGUCUCUCGCAGACGCGGCCGAGCGCGAUGCGGGAGGUUGUUGUUGAUGUGCCGCGGGUAACGUGGGCGGACAUUGGCGGCAACGACGACAUCAAGCAGUGCUUGAAGGAGGCCGUCGAGUGGCCACUCAAGUACUCGGACGCCUUUGUGCGCCUGGGCAUCAGACCUCCGAGUGGCAUUCUGAUGUACGGCCCACCGGGCUGCAGCAAAACCCUCAUGGCCAAGGCGCUCGCCAACGAAAGCCACAUCAACUUCAUUGCCGUCAAGGGCCCUGAGCUCUUCAGCAAGUGGGUUGGCGAGAGUGAGCGGGCUGUGCGCGAGGUGUUUCGCAAAGCACGAGCUGCAGCCCCAUCCAUCAUCUUCUUCGAUGAAAUCGAUGCGCUUGGUGCUCGCCGCGGAUCGGGCCAGGGCAGCAGUGUUGCCGAUCGUGUGCUAACACAGCUGCUGGUUGAGAUGGAUGGUGUGGAUGAACUGCGCAAUGUCACGGUGGUGGCGGCGACCAACCGCCCGGAUAUGGUGGAUGCCGCUCUCCUUCGCCCAGGACGGUUUGAUCGCAAGGUGUAUGUUGGCCCACCGACGGCGAGGGCACGCGCCGAGAUUCUUCGCAUGCAUUUGUCCCGCGUCCCGCACGCCAGCGACGUGGACGUGCAUGACCUUGCUGCCCAGUGCGACGGCUUCUCCGGUGCAGAGGUUGCGUCAAUCUGCAGAGAAGCGGCGCUGCUUCACGUGGAAGCGAGCAGUGCUCUCGCGCACCAACGGACGCGGCUAGGGGAAGAGCAGCUUGGCCCAGUGCCAAAGCAGGCGUUUCUCGAUGCCAUCAAGCGUGUUACGCCCAACAUCACCGCUGACAUGCUUGCCUUCUAUGAUCGCUACCGCCACGCAGCGGACCAGUAAACCACCAACCAAAC